CUUCAAAAGAUGCAUUGGAGCUGAUUAUCCCGCUAGGUCUUAUUUUCGCAGAAACACGGUAGAUGGAAGGUCACAAUGAAUCAGUGAGCGGGCAACUUUGGAGUGAACCCAGCUGAAGCCUGGCCCCGCGCGGCCUGGGCGCCUCUAGGCCGCGGGCCUGCGACGGCUCGCCCCAAGGAUGGUGAGGCGGCGAGUGUUGAGGCGCUGCCUGCAGCUGCUGGCGCCCUUGGAGGAGCCCGCGCGGCGCCGAGGGCGGAGGAACCCGAGCUCCGGCCGCUGCGGCCACUCCCGCUGCGCGGGGGCGCUGUGGCCCGGAGCGGAGGAGCAGCACAGGCGGCGGAGGCAUCGGGCGCGUCCCGCGGUCCCCCGAACCAGUUCUUCAAAGGACAUGGAUGAAAAUGAGAGCAACCAGUCCCUGAUGACAAGCAGCCAAUAUCCUAAAGAAGCAGUAAGAAAACGCCAAAAUUCAGCACGGAAUUCUGGAGGAAGUGAUUCUUCUAGGCUUUCCAGGAAAAGUUUCAAACUGGAUUAUAGACUAGAGGAAGAUGUAACUAAAUCAAAGAAAGGAAAGGAUGGGAGAUUUGUUAAUCCUUGGCCAACAUGGAAAAGUCCUUCUAUUCCAAAUGUUCUCAGAUGGCUGAUCAUGGAAAAGGAUCACAGCAGCAUUCCAUGUUCCAAAGAGGAACUUGAUAAAGAACUCCCAGUGCUUAGGCCUUAUUUUAUUGAUGACCCCGAAGCAGCUGGAGUGAGGGAAGCUGGCUUGAGAGUCACAUGGCUGGGACAUGCGACGGUAAUGGUGGAAAUGGACGAGCUCAUAUUUCUCACGGACCCUAUCUUUAGCUCUCGUGCUUCCCCGUCGCAGUACAUGGGUCCAAAGCGUUUCCGUCGUCCCCCGUGCACUAUAAGUGAACUCCCCCUGAUAGACGCGGUCCUUAUCAGUCACAACCACUACGACCACCUGGACUACCAUUCUGUUGUGGCUCUGAAUGAGCGAUUUGGUAAUGAGCUGAGAUGGUUUGUGCCUUUGGGUCUCCUUGACUGGAUGCAAAAAUGUGGCUGUGAGAAUGUAAUUGAGCUGGACUGGUGGGAGGAGAACUGUGUCCCUGGACAUGAUAAGGUCACUUUUGUCUUCACACCUUCGCAGCACUGGUGUAAAAGGACGCUAAUGGAUGACAACAAGGUUCUGUGGGGCAGCUGGUCCGUCUUGGGCCCCUGGAAUCGAUUUUUUUUCGCAGGAGACACUGGUUAUUGCCCUGCUUUUGAAGAGAUAGGAAAAAGAUUUGGACCUUUUGACCUUGCAGCUAUUCCCAUUGGAGCGUAUGAACCAAGGUGGUUUAUGAAGUACCAGCACGUAGACCCAGAAGAAGCUGUAAGGAUUCACAUCGAUGUGCAGACCAGGAAGUCUGUGGCAAUUCACUGGGGGACUUUCGCCUUAGCAAAUGAGCAUUACUUAGAGCCUCCAGUGAAACUGAGUGAGGCUCUAGAAAGAUAUGGACUUAAGACUGAAGAUUUUUUUGUCUUGAAGCAUGGAGAAUCAAAGUACCUAAAAACUGACGACGAAAACUUGGAAUAAAUGUGAGCACAGGAGCUUGUAGUAAAAAAGGCAUCAUCUGAUAUAAAUUUGAAAAGACUAAGAAAUUAAUGAAUAUUUUGAUUUUUUUACAUUUGGAAACAACUCCUGCAAGUUUUUGUUUUAUGUAAUAACUUAUUAAUGCGAUUGCUAGUUCAUAUAAACACAAGGUUUGGGUCACUUAAAUAAUGAAUUGUCUGAUGUCGAUUUUAAAUCUCAUCUCAAUGGUAUAGGCAUUGAAUGGGAUUUUUUUUUUACUAAAACGUUAUACUUUAGUAGAAGAAUUUUCUGA